CAUUCGGAUUCACCAACGAAGAAGUAGCCGUCUAGUUCUUUCUGCGAUUACGUUGGGAUUGUGAAUUGCAAGGCGCAAAAAGACCACGAUCAUCCCUGAAAUUAUUGCAAAAUGUCUCAUACAAUUCUGCUGGUCCAGCCGACCAAGAGGCCAGAGGGGAGGACGUACGCUGAUUAUGAGUCUGUGAAUGAGUGCAUGGAAGGUGUGUGUAAAAUGUAUGAGGAACACCUGAAGAGGAUGAAUCCAAACAGUCCUUCAAUCACAUAUGACAUCAGUCAACUUUUUGACUUCAUUGAUGACCUGGCAGACCUUAGCUGCCUGGUGUAUCGGGCGGAUACACAGACAUACCAACCCUACAAUAAGGACUGGAUCAAGGAGAAGAUCUACGUUCUCCUGCGUCGCCAGGCCCAGCAGGCGGGGAAAUAAAGCAGUGGUGAUGGAGCCCCUUAAAGGGAGGGCCUGGUGGUGGUCGAGGGAGGGGGUGAUGUGCUGAACACUUUGUAUAAAAGUAGUUACUGGUCGGUUUAAUGAAAGGAAGAUUUUUUUUUAAAGAGGGUUGGGGGUGGGAACAAUUGAAUUUUGGUUUUUGUUUUUAUAUUUAACUUUUUUUGCCCCUCAAUGAACAUGUUUCUCUUUG